UGGUUUAGGGGACGCGAAUGUGUGUAGAACCAGGAUGUUCGGCCGGCUUUUCAACAUGGAGGCGUCCACCGAGGGUGAUUUUUGAAGGAGACUAAUUUCUUCGUGCGUUCGUCAGCAUACAUGUCCUGUUUCCAGAAGGUCAGUGUCAUGGCUCCACCAUGAAGUGUGCCCGCUGUCUGCUGCAGCUGCAGUGUCUCAGACUGGUGGGCCAGUCAGCCGGGUCUGCUGCCCAGUAUGGCGCUGUGCUCCAGUCAGCCUCCUCCAGGCAGCACAGCACGCCACAUUACACCCAGCACCAGGUGUUGAGGCUUUUCCACGGCAGCCCAACGUGUGCCAAGAGUCGGCCUGUACCCGCAGACUUCAUCAAUGAGCAGGACAAGAAGAGGAACAAGUCUCUGGUCACCCAUGAUGACCUGUUUGAGCAGGUGGCCAAAGAGGUCAAAACCAAGACCACAUUUAACAAAGUGGUGGACGUCUUCACCAAGAGAGACGUGAGACGGCGGGGUCACGUGGAGUUUAUCUACGCAGCUCUGAAGAAGAUGCCAGAGUUUGGUGUGGCGAGAGACUUGGCUGUCUACAACAAGCUGCUGGAUGUUUUUCCCAAAGAGGUGUUUGUCCCCAGAAACUUUAUCCAGCGAAUGUUUAACCACUAUCCUCGACAGCAGGAGUGUGCAGUGCAGCUACUGGAGCAGAUGGAGAACUAUGGUGUCAUCCCCAACAUUGAGACCAAAGUUCUGCUGGUCCAGAUCUUUGGAGAGAAGUGCCACCCCAUGAGGAAGUACCAGCGCAUCAUGUACUGGUUCCCCAAAUUCAAACAUAUAAACCCCUUCCCCGUCCCCAAGCAGCUGCCUGUGGACCCAGUGGACCUGGCUAGGUUCACCCUGACCCGCAUCGCUAAUGACCUGGAUGCUGAAGUCACAGUCUACCAGCUGCCCUGUACAGACAUUACAGAGAGUGGAGAGCAGAUGACACUUCCACACAUAGUAGGUAUCCAGAGCCCCAGCCAGAUGGAACAGCUUGCCAAUCAUAACCCAAGCAGGCCAGUCUUUGUAGAGGGACCCUUCCCCCUGUGGCUGAGGAAGACGUGUCUGUACUACUACAUCCUCAGAGCUGACCCCACACCGCCUGACGAGAAGGUAGAGGAGCCCUAUGAUCCAGAGAGGUGUUUUGACUAUCCUCUGCAGCUACAGCUGGAUUUGGACCGCGACUUCGGGGACGAUGAGAGCUUCAGUGUGGAAGACUUGGAUGAGGGUCCAGUCUUUGCCAUGUGUAUGACCAGCCAGGGAGACCAGGCCACCCUCAACCAGUGGAUCUCUGGCCUCCAGCAGAGCAACCCCAUCCUGGGUCAGGUCCCCACUCUGUUCCGCCUGGAUGCCGGGCCCAAGGAGCUGCAGGGGGCAGCAGAAACAGAGUCAAGCCACCAUCGCAGACCAGACCCAGAGAUCAAGAGAGAGCCUGAAGAAGAAUGUGAGGUUAUAGUGGAAGAAGAGCCGAGAAGAAGCCAGGGGAUGAAACAGUGAACAGCAGUCAGACUGUGUGGUUAAGAAUGUCAAAAACAAAAUCAAAAGUUUAGAAGUAUAUAUCCAUGUUGGGUAGAGGCUGAACUUGGUUGGUUCAUUUAAUCAUGGAACACACCAACCCAGCAGAACCUAAGGAGAAACAUAGAUCAGUUCAGGUAAGAGUCAGUAAUCAAACAAAUUAAAUCAAAAACUCUGUGUGCUUACUCAUUUAAGUCAGUCCUCUGUCAAAGGUUUCUGAUUUAAUAUUUGAAAGGAUUUUAAGCCGUGGUUCAGCUGAAUAUCCUGUCACAAUCUAAAUUACAAGUUGGCAAUUACUGUAAACUGUAAACUGUCCUGCUCAGUAAAUGUCUUAAUCACAACCAACCACAUUUCAGGGAUUUGCUCAACUUUGUUUUAGUUCUGCAUUCUUGAUUUUAACGUAGCUCUACGUGCCUGCGUUUGCAUACUUGCUUGGCCCAUGUUUGUUCCCUAAAGCUAUCUAAUAAAAAUGUGUCCUGUUUAUUUAAUUUGUACACAAACAGAAA